AUGCCCACUCUCCAGCUCCGCAUUAAGCCGGCCGGCCGGCCGCGGGCAGAGGCUCUGCAGCCCACAGCGCACAGCCUGCCUCCAGCUUCUGGUCCCCGUGCUCGGGCCAGCCGGCCGCCGCCACCCGGGCCCGCCGCGAGCGACCACGGGCACUCGCCGCGAGGACCUCUGCCUGCGGCGGCGGCUCCGACCUCCGCGCGGCUCGCGCCGAGGCGCACUCCGCCUUCCACGCGCCGCCACCGCCCCGGAGGCCGCCGCCCGCCGCCGGCUUCGCAGGGGCCCUCACCGCACACGCCGGGCGCCGACCCGCGCGCGUGCCCCGGGCCCACGGCGCACCGGCCCGCGCAGCCCCCGGCGGCCGGCCUUCCCGGGCUCAGCGCAGGAAGCGGCGGCCCAGCGGCCUCCCGUCGCCGAGGCCGGAAGAGCGGGACGUCGCCAGGGGCCGACCGGCGGCUCGCGCGCCCCCGCCGCCGCCUCAGCCUGCGGACACGGCCGAGACCAGGGGCGCCGCCGCGGGGAGAGACGCACUCACCUCCCCGCUGGGGCCGUCACCGCAGCCCACAGCCCUCCCGGCGCGGGUCGGCGAGGCUAUUUAAGGCGCCGCAGCCGCCCCCUCAGCCGCCCCGCCGCCGCAGCCGCCUCCGCCGCGCAGGGAGGCCACUGCGAGUGCGCGUGCCGCACCCGCCCCGCCCUGGCCCCGCCCUGCCCUGCCGCGUGCCCGCCUCCCCGCACGGCCCUGCCCCGGCCUGCCGCGUGCCCCCUUCCUCGCACGGCCCCGCCCCGCCCUGCCGCUCGCCCGCCUCCCCGCACGGCCCCGCCCCGGCCUGCCGCGUGCCCCCUUCCCCGCACGGCCCCGCCCCGCCCUGCCGCUCGCCCGCCUCCUCGCACGGCCCCGCCCCGCCCCGACCACGCCGUCCUGGCCCCGCCCUGCCCUGCCGCGUGCCCGCCUCCCCGCACGGCCCCGCCCCGCCCCGACCACGCCGUGCUGGCCCCGCCCUGCCCUGCCGCGUGCCCGCCUCACCGCACGGCCCUGCCCCGGCCUGCCGCGUGCCCCCAUCCUCGCACGGCCCCGCCCCGCCCUGCCGCUCGCCCGCCUCCCCGCACGGCCCCGCCCCGCCCCGACCACGCCGUCCUGGCCCCGCCCUGCCCUGCCGCGCGCCCGCCUCACCGCACGGCCCCGCCUCUCCUCUACCCUGCCGCGUGCCCGCCUCGCCGCCCGGCCCCGCCCCUGCCCUGCCCCGCGCCCGCCUCCCCGCACGGCCCCGCCCCGCCCCGACCACGCCGUCCUGGCCCCGCCCUGCCCUGCCGCGCGCCCGCCUCCCCGCCCCACCCCGCCCCACCCCGCCCCUGCCGCGCGCCCCCUCCCCGCCCCUUCCCUCCCCCGUGGGCUCCGGGCGCGCGGGCCGGCGAGCAGGCGGGCAAAGGCAGCUGGGAGGUCCUGGGCCGCCCUGGAUUUCCCAACAGCUCCUGGAGGGGCGAAGGGAAACUUUGAGCGUCUGCGGCGCCGAGGGGAGCCGGCGCCCUCUCCCGUCCUGCACACGCGGCCACGGGCGCUCCUUCCUGCUCGCCUUCGGCCUGGAUGUGCGCGACCUCCACACGGGGUUUCGCCACAGCCCGGGCGUGGAGGACUCUUGUGUGGACUUGGCGAUGCGGUCGACCUGA